AUGUUUGAGCAUAUUCUUUCUAAAUUUAAAAGUUAUGGGCACAAGGACGAAAUACCUGAUACUUAUUAUCUUCGAAUGGCUAGCAUAGUGGAACUUUCGAGAUCUUUAUCUAUAUUGUUCCGUUCAAUAAGCACUAGUGAUUUUUAUCACUAUGUUGCACCAUUUGCAAGAGUGAUCGGAGAAGAAGUAUAUCAUCAAUUGUUAAAGUAUCAUUUGGUCGCUAGUUAUCGUCCAGACCCAAAUAUAAUAUGUCCACUUGGUGAUCGAACAGGACAGUACGGAUCGGUUUAUUUUAACCCAAUAUUUGCAAGCUUAAUAUCAAGCUGGGUUGACAACCAUCCACAAAUAUUUUAUAAUAGAAAAACCACUUAUGAUUUCAAAUUGCUAUUUAAAGCUUCACGUGACGGGUUUAGGGUACAGGAUUUUUAUGCAAAGUGUAGCUUUGUGAUGAAAACAUUGUUAUUGAUAAAGAUAAAAGGCUACGAUAAUCUAAUCGGUGGGUUUAAUCCAAAUUAUUGGGUUGAUGGUAAUGCCUUUAAAACGAGAUUAGGUGCACAUUUGGAAACACCGUAUAGUUUUCUUUUCAAUUUGAAUAGGUCAUCGCCACAAGUUUCUAUACUUAGCCGAGUUGCUGGUCACAAUAAAGCUACUUUUUAUCAUCCUGAUUCAGGCCCAAAUUUCAAUGAUUUGAAACUUUGUCCAUCAGGAUUUGAUAACCUUCAACAAAAAUCUGUGGACUGUCAUUAUUUUUUUACGGGUUUUUAUUAUCAAAAUAACAUAGGACUUACUAAUUCUGUCUUUCAAAUUGAAGAUUAUGAAAUAUUCAUCUUAUCAAGAAAAACUCCUGGGUUUUUUUAA